UCUGAGUCGAGAAGACACGUCUAUAACAAAAUUAUGGCCAUGGUAUGUUUAAAUUUGAUCUUGUGUUUUGAUCUUUGGUUUUUCGCGUGUUUUUAGGGUUCUAAUUUGUUUUAUGUGUUGUUAUAUGUGUGUUAGAUGUCCGAUGAUGCGACUGAAGAUGUCGCAUUAACGUUUGGGGAAGAUGAUUUAGAUCCCAAGAGGCGAAGACUUAGGUUUGUACAUAAUAGGUGGUAGUUGUUAUUAAUUUAAUAGUCCAUGGGUGUACCCACUGGUAGUAUGGGUGGAGGGGGGCUGGCACAGUUGUUAAUGCAUGUCCCUGUCAGUUCUGCAUUGAGAUUUGAGUCUUGCAAUGUGCAGUUGGAUAAUGGAUUGUAAUUUUGCCAAAGAGGUUUGGAACUGAGAUCUGGUACCCCUAUUGUGCAUUGCAAGAAAUUGAAUCCCAGCAACAACAGUGAUACUGCAUAUGCAGGGCCACUUAAAGGGUGGGGCACUUUGUCCCGGGGCCCCCAGCUCAAAAGGGAAUAUAAAUCCUAGCUGCAUUAGUGCUGAACAAAAUGCAGUAAAGUGUAAUAUAUUGUAAAGCACUGCUUCUCCGGUUUUACAAUUAUGACCCCCUACACGGCCCCCUGGUAAGUUUUUCCACAUAAUUCGACUUACGUAUAUUUCUUCUAGACAUCCAGUCACAGUGGUGUUCCAUCUUACGUUCAGAAUCCUCGCCAUUGUUGUUUACUUGUUGUGUGGUUGGUUUAGUAACAGUUUUGUGACAAGUUUUGUCGUAAUUGUUGUUCUGUUGUCCAUCGACUUCUGGACGGUAAAGAACAUCUCUGGAAGAUUACUGGUUGGCCUCAGAUGGUGGAAUUACGUAGAUGAAGAUGGUGAAAGUCACUGGGUCUUUGAAUCACACAAGGUUAAAACCUCCUGUCCAGUUCUUUUGAAAGACAGCUACCUGCACAAUCUCCCAACCAAAAAAACUUACAUCAACUCUUUAGGGCAAAUAUAGUAGUAAAGCAAUAAAUAAAUAGCCCUUGGAAAAUCUACAACGACCCCUGCCAGAUAAGCUAGGAACACCAGGCACGGAUUUUCUGGGGGUGCACCCCCCCCAGAAAUGAUUUGCACAUCCCCCCCCCCUCCAAGAGGCAUUUGGCACCGCCCCCAAAAGUUUUUGCACCCCCGCAAAUUAUAUAUAUAUUGAUUUGAUAGUUUCAUACUUGAUUAUUCUUACUACUAAAUUUGUAAAAUUACCAAUAUUAUGGUCUCAGAUCUCACCAUGCAGGCCUAGAAAACAAAUUUUGUUAAACAUUUUCCUUGGCCUUUCCGGGUGCCCCGGCCAAAGCAAGCAGCAGCACCCCACCCCCCAGAUAUUUAUCCACCACCCCCCGAACGAAAAUAUGAAAAUCCGUCUCUGAGGAACACACCCCUGUUUAACCCAUUAAACAGGGUUUUUUAUAUGGCCCCAAAAGCGCAAAACUUGAAUUGAGUUUUGAAACUCAAUCGUCAAAAGUUUCAGUGCAAUAAAAAUGAAGUUUGAGUUAAAAUUGUGAUUUGGAAAUAAUUUUUCCUGUCAGAAACACAACAAAGUAGGAAAAACCGAACAUACCGCCUACAGUUCGAGCUGUUCUAAAACCAUGCAUGUAAGGGCUGAAUUGUGAAACGUCCGGGGCCUUCAUUCCUGGACACCCAAGUUCCACCCUGCCCUCCCCAUCAGCUGGUGGGGGGGGGGGGGCAGCCACCCCAGUUCCCAAACUGAUUUGGUAAACUCGAUCGUCUGUAAAAAUGGACCUAGCAAAAAAUUCCAGAAAAAAAUCCUAUUAGUGUGGAAGACUCUCCCCUUGAUUAGUAAAAUCUAUCCCAUACACAAGGAAAGCAGAGUCCUGGUACACUCACCCUUCUCAUAUACAACUGUGGUGAAAUUAUACAACUAUGUGUUCAUAUUUUAUUUGCUUAGAAUAAGAAUGUAUCUGCAUUAGAAUCUCGAGUAUUCUGGCUUGGUUUAGUCAUCACUCCGAUCAUAUGGAUAUUUUUAUUGAUUACGUCAUUAAUCUCUUUGAAAUUUCAGUGGAUGGUAAGUAGAAAGAAGUCGUGGCGCUUGGAACGUUGCAAUGUGUGGUGCCACUUACCUAGCAACCUGGGCUGCGGUCAGGCUUUUAGAUCUGUCAGUAUACCAAAAUUGGACGCCCUCUUUCAGAAUCCUGACUAAAAGCCUGGCAACAGUGCAAACCUAUUAUUUGCAAAAGUUAGCUGAUCAGAUGAGAGUUGAGAAAACUCUCAUGCAAACUCUCGCUUCUCAACUCUCAUUAACUCUCAUGCAACUCUUGUUCUCAUUUGACCGGGACAUGAGAGUUGAGAAAACUCUCGUGCAAACUCUCGCUUCUCAACUCUCAUUAACUCUCAUGCAACUCUUGUUCUCGUUUGACCGGGGCAUGAGAGUUGAGAAAACUCUCGUGCAAACUCUCGCUUCUCAACUCUCAUUAACUCUCAUGCAACUCUUGUUCUCGUUUGACCGGGACAUGAGAGUUGAGAAAACUCUCAUGCAAACUCUCGCUUCUCAACUCUCAUUAACUCUCAUGCAACUCUUGUUCUCGUUUGACCGGGGCAUGAGAGUUGAGAAAACUCUCGUGCAAACUCUCGCUUCUCAACUCUCAUUAACUCUCAUGCAACUCUUGUUCUCGUUUGACCGGGACAUGAGAGUUGAGAAAACUCUCAUGCAAACUCUCGCUUCUCAACUCUCAUUAACUCUCAUGCAACUCUUGUUCUCGUUUGACCGGGGCAUGAGAGUUGAGAAAACUCUCGUGCAAACUCUCGCUUCUCAACUCUCAUUAACUCUCAUGCAACUCUUGUUCUCGUUUGACCGGGACAUGAGAGUUGAGAAAACUCUCAUGCAAACUCUCGCUUCUCAACUCUCAUUAACUCUCAUGCAACUCUUGUUCUCGUUUGACCGGGGCAUGAGAGUUGAGAAAACUCUCGUGCAAACUCUCGCUUCUCAACUCUCAUGCAACUCUUGUUCUCGUUUGACCGGGACAUGAGAGUUGAGAAAACUCUCAUGCAAACUCUUGCUUCUCAACUCUCAUCAACUCUCAUGCAACUCUUGUUCUCGUUUGACCGGGGCAUGAGAGUUGAGAAAACUCUCAUGCAAACUCUCGUUUCUCAACUCUCAUGCAAACUCUCGCUUCUCAACUCUCAUCCUCGUUAAUUGACCAAAGCUUUACUUGUGUUUCAGAUCAUUGUAAUCGUGGCGCUAAGUUUAAAUUCCGCGAAUCUCUUCGGCUACAUAAAGUGCAAGAAAGAUGCGUCAAAGAAAUUAAAAAGCAUGGCUGGAAACUUCCUGGGACAGCAACUGUUAAAACAGGUAAAGAUACUGUAGUACGGAGUAGGAUGAUAAUGGAAGGAUUUUUGUAGAUUGAAAUUUCUAGCUUGUACAUAAUCUUGAGCCUCUACCAUUGAAAUGCCUCUACUGAGUUUUCAAUUCUUUUAGGCAAUGGCUUCAACCGAAGAAAAUCAACAAUAAGCAAAGAAUGAAAUACUGUUCUGUACUGACACAUUAAUCAAUGAGAUCCGAUAUUGCAUGGCCAAGUUGCCUGGUGAUGUGUGAAAGAAACCGAGUGUUUAUGUCAAAAUCACACACAAAAAGUGUGCACAAUGUAUUUAAGAAUAGCUAUUUCUUAAUUUCUUUAUUUAUAUGGAAUACCAGUGAUUCAACGUGAAAUAUGAACGGUAAAAUUAGCCCAUUUCUUCACAGAGGUCACCAGUGGGCUACAUAUAACCAAGGUGGAAAAAAGCGAAGCCAAUAUGUGGUUAAUAGACAGUUUAGCAAGCACACUGAAUCUCAUGUACAGUACGACUAUAAAUUACACUAUACCAGAUAGCAUUGCUCUGUAUUGAAUCAUUUUUUGUGUAUCUUACAUCGUCUCUUUGCUUUGCAAAAACAAAACUGAACAUAACACGUUGUUUAUACCCAACUGCAAACUCUCUAAAAUCAACUUCACUAUAAUGUACCUUUCGGCUGCGUUUACAACGUGAACCUGAUAACUUUCCGUAGCGACGUGAAAAAACACGUAUCCGUACCUUUUAGGAACGCUAUUUUCAGAGGAAUUAUUGCAACGGAGAGAUGUUGUUUCGCUCAGCUUCUGAAAGUUGUACAUUCCGUAUCGGAUAGGCGCUUUUUCGCGCCGCUACGGAAAGUUAUCCGAUAUACUAGUGGAAACGUAGCCUUAUGUCCUGUUAUCAUCUGUGUGUCCCGAAACCAAGAAGUCGUCAAGUCGCCAUUUCCACUCAAGAAAAAUUUCCACGGACAGAAAAUUUUCCGAAAAUAUCAUUGUUAAAAGUUGAAAAUUUUCAACUUCAAAAUUUUUUUCCGACUGAAAAUUUGUGUCGGCCAAUAUCACAAUAUACAAAAUUUUCUCUCUGCGGAAAAUUUUCUUGGAAAUGGGCCUUUAUAUGCAACUGCAUAUCUCAAACGUGGUGGUCCAGUAUAGUUAGUAUUAUACAAUAAGCUGCCGUGGUUUGUGUCCGAACUAGUUGUAGUUAAAACGCACAAGUUGUAACAAACCUGCAGCAGACUUGUAGCAAUAUGCUGGUCCAACAACUUGUCAACAAGAUGUAUUCGCAACUUGCUACAAGGUUGUUGAGCUCAACAGACUUGUUACAACUUGUUAUCGUCCUGCAAUUCACCAAUUUGUCAACGACUUGCGAGUGACAAUAUUGUAGCAACUUGAUGAAAUAACAACACUGUUGCAACUUGUUGACAAGCUUGUUGCGAGAUUUUUCCGUGUGUAGUUGUAGUUGGUUAAUGCUGGUCCAACAACUUGUCAACAAGAUGUAUUCGCACAGCUUGUUGACACAACCUUGCUACAAGGUUGCUGAGCUCAACAGACUUGUUACAAAGUUGUUCCAACAACUUGUUAUCGUCCUGCAAUUCAUCAAUUUGUCAACAAAUUGUGAGUGACAACCUUGUAGCAACUUAAUAAAAUGAUAGCAUUGCCACAACUUGUUGACAAGGUUGCUACAAGCCUGUUACGAACACAUCUUGUCGACAAGUUGCGAGAUUUUUACGUCGGUGCGCCACUACGAAUUUUGAUAUUAUUAAAGUUAUGAAUUUUGUUCAGAGGCACUAUCAGUGAGCCAUGACACAAACCACGGCAGCUUAUUGUAGAACACUAGCUAUACUGGUCUACCACGUUUGGAGUGCAACCCGACUUACAUAUAACGCAUAGCCAUAGAACCGUCUUCAACCAUCUAUAUGCAAGCAUCGCUAAAAAGGCUGCCAUUUUCCUAAGAUAGUGUCUUUAAUAGCAUCUACGUACUGCGCGGGUACCCAAUACACCCAAUACCGUGACGCUUCCGUAGGACCAAGUUGGAUCGCCUAAAUAAACAAUUCAG